GCCGCGCCUCCCUUCCUCCCCGCUGCUGUCCCCCCGGGGGCGGCGCGCCGAGCCGGGGCCACGAGGGCACUAGAGGCCCAGAGCCGCUUCUGCCUGGUCCUGCCGGGAGGAGGGCAAAGUUGCGGGCGGAUGCUGCCGGCGCCGGACCCUAGCCUCGGAGAGUCGGAUCCGCCCCCGCUGGAGGAGGCUCCGUGGCGGGAGAUCGACCUUUUCAAACACGGUGCUCCAGGCAGUGACUUCCAGUUGAUCGACUUGGCCCAGGAAUUGCAACUGACUUGCCCUCCCAGCUGAGAAGCCUGAAACUGGCAACUGUCCUGUCCAGGUGUGUCUAGGCCUGGGGCCUGAUGCAUUAGAGCCUCACACCAGCUUAGCUGAUGUUCAUGACAACCCUGUGGGGAUGACCCAGGCUCAGAGUGAUUAAAUACCUUGCCUAAAAUUACCAGAGAAUAAAUGGGAGAGCUUAAAUAAAUGGAAAAGGAAAUGGCAACCCACUGCAGUAUUCUUGCCUGGAGAAUCCCAUGGACAGAGGAGCCUGGCAGGCUGCAGUCCAUGGGGUCGCAAGAGUUGGAUACGACAUAGCGAAUAAAUCAGCGUCAAGUGGGAGAGCUGGCACUCAACCCAAGUCUGAUUGCAAUCAUCUCAGAAAUCCUGUCAUGGUGGCUCGGCAGUACAAAAAGGCUAAUUUUGUACUUGCAUCACAUCUGAUGGAGGCAAGCAACAGCUCAGGAUCUGGGCUGCUUCCACCUUGCAGUAAGCCAGUUGGAACAUGUGGCCUCCAGUCUUGCCAUAGCAAGAGAAGACAGGACCCGGGGGGUGUCUGGGAUCAUUUUAAGGACCAGGACUUCAAGUGACUGACAUCACUUUAACCUAUCUGCAUCCCCACAGGACAAAACCUGGUCACUGGCCCAACCUAAAUGCAAGAGGGGCUGGGGAAGGUGAAGAGCAUGUGGGUACCUGGACCAGGUGUCCCCCACCUGAACGACGAGCCAGGUCCUGAGUGAUGCCCCUGAGCUGAGUGCCCACGGCCCCACCCUUCCCCAUGGAGAAAGGACUCUCUUUGCCCCAGGACUGCCGACAUUUUCUGCACAGCCUGAGAAUGAGGAGCAAAUAUGCCCUUUUCCUGGCUUUUGUGGUGGUGGUUUUUGUCUUCAUUGAAAAGGAAAAUAAAAUCAUAUCAAGGGUCUCAGACAAGCUGAAGCAGAUCCCCCAAUCCCUGGUAGAUGCCAAUAGCACCGACCCAGCCCUGGUCUUGGCCGAGAACGCAUCCCUCCUGUCCCUGAGUGAGCUGGAUUCGGCCUUCCUGCAGCUGCAGAGGCGCCUGCGAAACCUCAGCCUGCAGCUGGGCAUGGAGCCAGCAGAGGAGGCCGAGGAGGAGCAGAGGCUGGAGGCGGAAGAGGAGUGGGAGCAGCUGGAACCCCGCCCGCCCGCCGAGGCCCCGCCCCGGCGCCACGUGCUCCUCAUGGCCACAACUCGCACGGGUUCCUCGUUUGUGGGCGAGUUCUUCAAUCAGCAGGGCAAUAUCUUCUACCUCUUCGAGCCGCUGUGGCACAUCGAGCGCACGGUGUCCUUCGAGCAGGGUGGUGCCAACGCCGCGGGCUCGGCCCUGGUCUACCGCGACGUGCUCAAGCAGCUCUUCCUGUGCGACCUCUACAUCCUGGAGCACUUCAUCAUCCCGGCGCCCGAGGACCACCUGACCCAGUUCGUAUUCCGCCGGGGCUCCAGUCACUCCCUCUGCGAGGAACCCGUCUGCACACCCCUCGUCAGGAAGGUCUUCGAGAAGUAUCCCUGCAAGAACCGCCGCUGUGGCCCCCUCAACAUGACGCUGGCCGCUGAAGCCUGCCGCCGCAAGGAGCACAUGGCCAUCAAGGCCGUCCGCAUCAGGCAGCUGGAGUUCCUGCAGCCGCUGGCCGAGGACCCCCGUCUCGACCUGCGCGUCAUCCAGCUGGUGCGCGACCCCCGCGCUGUGCUGGCCUCCCGCAUGGUGGCCUUCGCGGACAAGUACGAGACCUGGAAGAAGUGGUUGGCCAAGGGACAGGACCAGCUGAGGGAGGAGGAGGUGCUGCGGCUUAAGGGCAACUGUGAGAGCAUCCGCCUAUCCGCCGAGCUGGGCCUGAGGCAGCCGGCUUGGCUGCGGGGUCGCUACAUGCUGGUGCGCUACGAGGACGUGGCCCUCCGGCCGCUACAGAAGGCCCAGGAGAUGUAUCGCUUUGCAGGCAUCCCCCUAACCCCGCAGGUGGAGGACUGGAUCCAGAAGAACACCCAGGCGGCGCACGACGGCAUCUACUCCACGCAGAAGAACUCCUCGGAACAGUUUGAAAAAUGGCGCUUCAGCAUGCCCUUCAAGCUGGCGCAGGUGGUGCAGGCCGCCUGCGGCCCUGCCAUGCGCCUCUUCGGCUACAAGCCGGUGCAGGAUGCCGCCUCUCUUUCCAACCGCUCCGUCAGCCUGCUGGAGGAGCGCGGCACCUUCUGGGUUACGUAGGGGGCCUGGGGUGCCAGCACCCCUGCUGCUGAAAGUCCCGCUCUGCCUGCCUCACCCAGGCCCGCGGGGAGCCUGCGGCGCCGCCGCAGGGCGUGGGCUGGAAGACGCACCGGGCGUAAGCCGCGCCUGCGCUGUAGAAGUAGGCCCCCAGCCAGCUCGCUUCCCCUGCAGCUGUGGGCCCGGGGCUUCCCGCUGAGAACAGGACGGUGGCCGGCCCUUUUGAGGGCUGUCAAACCCAGACCUAAGGGACUGUCGUCUCCUGAGCAGACCCAGGCAGGCCCGGGCCUGUUCACAAUUCUUUCUCUCCUCUCCCUCUUUCUCUGUCUCUCUCACAUACACACACACACACACACACACACACACACACACACACACACACAGAAACAUACAUGAAACACACAUAGAUGGCCUGUAGACCUAGUGGGCAAGGGUCUACAAAUAUUUAACAAUAUUUGUAACCCCCGGAAGGGGUUCCGGCAUGAACUAAUCACAGUCAGACCCCCUGCUUUACUCAGUGUGAACCUUUAAGUUUCUGAAUUUUUUCAUAAUCCAGUGUAGCAUCUGAGUGGGUCACUGGGGAGAGGUGAAAUCAGCUCUAUAUAGAGCUACAAAAUAUACAUAUAAAGACACAUACCUACAUUCACACCCCACACACAGAAAAACAGAAAUACAUGCCCAUAUACAUACAGAAAAACAGCUUUUCUGAGUUAUUGGAGGAUGAGGGAGGGACUUCCCACGUGGCACUAGUGGUAAAGAACCCACCUACCUUCCCUCUUAGCGCAGUCUGUAAAGAAUCUGCCUGCAAUGCAGGAGACCUGGCUUCAAAUCCUGGGUGGGGAAGAUCCCCUGGAGAAGGAAAUGGCAAUCCACUCCAGUAUCCUUGCCUGGAAAAUCCCAUGGACAGAGGAGCCUGGCGGGCUACAGUCCACAGGGUCGCAAGAGUCAGACACGACUUAGCGACUAAACUGCCACCACCGCCAAUGCAGGAGAUAUAAGAGAUUUUGGUUGGAUCCCUUGGUCUGGAAGAUUCCCCUGGAGGAGGGCAUGACAACCCACUCCAGUAUUCUUGCCUGGAGAAUCCCAUGGACAAAGGGGCCUGGCAAGCAAAAGUCCAUGGGUUGCAAAGAAUCAGACAGGACAAGUGAAUUAGCUUGCAGCAUGCAGGAGGAUGGGGGAGUGGUAUAUGGUCAUGAACCAUGACCCUAUGCCCCAUGUAAGUCUGAGGCUGGAUGAUGGGUACAGAACUGCUAAGUGCAUGGCCUCUGUCCACCUUAGAUUCUCAUGGCUACUUCGCUCAUGUCCUUGCUGCUAAUAGGCAGCAUGUUUUAAAUUGGCGUGUCUGAUCCCCAUGUGAUGGCAGCCUGAAGGCCCCAUCCCAGCUCGAUUGACUCCCCAAGAGCAUGUCCGUGUUUGAAAGCUGCUUCAGGCCUGACUGGCAGGAGCGUUUGUGGUCCCUGGAGACAAAAGGCAGCUCAGGAGUCCUGUCAUUUCCAGCCAGGCCUCUGUGGGGCAGGGCCCAAAUGGAAGUAUAGAGUGCUCUUCGGGGAGAAGUCACAUCAGGAUAGCCCCUCCCCUGAGAAGACAGUGGACCGAGGUCAGCCACAUGGUCGGUUGUCAUGGUUCUGUGGUUACUGUCUGGAAUUCCUCCUUUAGGGCUCUGGGAAGAGGGUUGCUCAACAUGGGAUGGUCUGAGUGUUUUAAGUUAUUUAUGGUUUGGUCUCUUGUGGCUAUAUUUUCAGGUUUGUUUCUGCAGGAGUGCUGCUUGGAAGCAUUGUGGUCUUGAGGGGGGCUGGGAGGAUCCGUGGGGAGCACUUUAGAUCCUGCUGGAGAGAGAGGAUUAGGAGAAGGAAACUUCCUCCAGAAGGAUCAGAGCCUUGAUGGCCACAUGGCAGCCCACAGUGCCCCACGGGCUUUUCUGUUUGAACCCAUGUGGAACAGAUCUCAGAAAUCACCAGUGUUCUUUGCUGAGUGUCCAAAGCAGCAUAAAUUAGCAGUCCUCGCCCCCUCCUCAAGAAGAGGCCAGAUUUGAAAAUCUCUCCCAAGCCCUAACAUAUUUCCUGGGGGGUCAGGGGCCUAUGACCAAGCACCAAAUGUCCCCAAAGCAGAAGCCUUUCCCCACUCUCACCCCAAACCAGGGAGUAGAACUCAGUACCCCCUGAGAACUUUCAGGAAGCAUCAGAAGUUCACUAAGGGCUGUUUCUGAUUUCCUGGACAACCUCUGUAUCAGAUCCGUCCCAUUAUCAAGCCUGGAGGGCUGAGUUUUGUUUUGAGUAUUAUGGACAGCAGGGAAAUACAAGAUCUGAGUCCAGCUGGGGUUGCUAUAGGGAAGAGAGGGGCGCAUCCUGGUGGAAAGCCAGCCUUUGAAAAGGUGAGGACAGUGGCCAUCUUGUGGGAUCCGUUACAGUCAGUGCCCUGGGUCUCCAUCACCAUGGAUUCAGCCAAUCAAGGAAAUCUCUAGGUUUUAUAGUCCAAGCAUAAACUGUGCAGGGAACUGGCUCUAAUUUGGGGCCCAAAGGGACUCUAGCUCUGAAAACUUGAUCCUGGGGCAGAGUGGUGCCAGGAUGGUUCUGGCAGGCCCAGAAGUGCUGGCCGUUCUUCCCCAGCCCCUGCCCUGCUCCCUCCACUAUCCCUUACUUGGGGGUGGUGAGGGGCAGACACCUCUGUCCAGCACCCUUCCUGGGUCCUGGGCUCUCCUAGUGUGGAUAGCGGACUUCCUUCCUUCCUUCCUUCCUUCCUUCCUUCCUUCCUUCCUUCCUUCCUUCCUGUGCCUUUGGGGCUAAGGCCUCUACCCCUGAAUCGUGAGGACUGUGCGGAGAAUGGACCUUUGGGACUUCUCAGGACAUUGACAAUUUGUACACUGCAGGUUGACUUAAUUUAUUUAUUUUGUGAAAGAGAAGAGACGGAAAAAUAUUUUAUUAUUUGCAGGGACUCAAAGCUGUACCCAAAUCAAGAAAGACAACAGUAAUAGAAGCUAUUCACUUCAUGUAUACAAGGACACUCCAAGACAAUUCAAAAUACACCAGAGGACAAAGCUGAGAGCAUGGGAGUCAUGACAGCUGCAGGGUAUUUUUUUAGCUUGGGUUUUUUCCAACAGUUGAUCUGAAGAUACGACAGUAAGACCCUUUCUGCAUUAUUACCUUUGCCCACGUGUCUGAAAUAAGACACAACUCACCUGAGUGUUGCCUGGGGCUCAGCAAUGCUCUGGGAACCCUUGGGGUUUUAGGGAGGGCAGGGUGGGAUGAUUACUGACUUUAUACUCCUUGGGACCUGGUUGGAGACCCACAUGAGGUGUUACCAGCAGGGAGCUGGGUUAGGGAGAGUGGUCCAGCUGAGAGGCAGUGCCUCGUUUUCCAGCAAGGCCAGCCCUGGUUUGUUUUUCUGUUCCCGCUGUGCUCCCCCCUCACACCAGAGCCUUCCCCUCUGCAACACCCACCUGCCUGGAGACAGGGAGCAUUGAGGCCUCACCUCUGCCCACCGCCAGCUACCCCAGAACAAGAGGCUCAUUCAGCAAAGAGCGUUUACUCAUUUUCUUCUUCUUCAUGAAGACCUCUUUAGCCCAUUCUAUAAAAAUAGCUCAGAACAUUCCAGGCCUUGGUGAGACAGGGCAGUGUCCAGCACCCUCAAGGCGUCACCCCUGCUGCCCAUUCCUGGCUUUUCCUCUGGACCUCAUUUAUAAAUUUUGGAGUGGAUUAGGACAUGGGGAAAGGUCUAUAGGAGCAGGAUUUGGGAGGGGGCAGGAUUCCUGAGUCCCGUGGAGAGGGAAGAUGUGCAGAUGUGCAGGGCUCAGUAGCAUAGCUCCUGCAAGUUAUCACCAAGUUAUCACUAAGGUGGAGAGACACGAGUAAAUUCUAGCCCUUUGUCUGUUUAUGUGAUGCACUCACUUGAAAAUAAAAACAGAAAAACAAAAUGUUUGUCUGCCAGCACCCUCAGCCUGGGAGCUGUGCCAGAGUCUGGUCUGAUGGGACAGCUGCUGACCAAACCCUUAAGAGCAAAAGUCCCACCGAACCCAUUACAAUGACAUCUUUCCACCUCUGCUCUCCAAAUGAGCUCCAGGGAAUCCGUGUCCCAGAAGAUGUAUGCUUAGCCAAUCAGCAGCCGGGAGGUAUAAGCAUCCAAUGCUCUGGUCCUAACCCUGAAGGUCUUUUCCAGCCCUGGGCCUGUGUUAAUUGACUGUGGGGCCUGUCCCUUAAGAGGCCCUGGAUUAUGAAGAAGAGGGGCAGAAGACUGGAUGGCUGUGUCCCUGAGGCAAGGAGGGGAUGGGGGGAACAGAUGCCUGCAGAGGAUGCUCCUUUAAAUUUGUGUGGACUGAUGAGAUCCUAGAAGUGGGUCUUGUCAGUCUGCUCACAUUUAAAGAAGGCACAUCCUCUGAGAUCCAAAGUUGAUGAGUUUGCCUGGGAAGAUUGCUAGGACAUGGUCCAGUUAGAAAGGGAGGGAGGAGGCCCAGGGUUUCCUGAAUGCAGCCACGUGGCCUUUCAACUACCAUGGUUUCAGGAAGAGUGGAAGCUGCUCUUUACCUCAAAAGGAUGAAGCAGAAUUAGCAACUGCAGAUGUCUUAAGAACUUCAAGAUCCUAGGGUCUUGUCACUUUUGUCAUUCCAUACUGUGCAUGGGGGACUAAUUAGUUAUGUGUUUCCAAGAUUACAUGGUGCCGUCUUCAGGGCCUAGCCCAUAUUGUGGACCAGGUAUUUUAUUUGUAUUUAUUUGUCAAAUAAAAUGACCUAUGUAUCUUGCUUCUUCUAACAUUGGGCUUGAACAGGGCACCCCCUAAAGUCUCCAUUUCAUCUGUACUUUCUAGACCAAAUCUGCCUGAUUCCCCUGCUCCCUCCUGGAUCCUGCAAACUCUUUUUGCCAAGACCUUGGCCUUAUGUCGUAUUUCAUGGCCACGUAGUACAGGAUACCCCUUUCCUGGCCAUAGGUGGCCUGGUAUGUACAUAUGUGUCCACACGUCUGUAUGUGUAGCAUGUAGCUCAGCCUGCUUGGCCAUGUUGCUCCCAGCUCCCUUGCCAUCAAUGUCCUUGCCAUCAAUGUUCUUGCCGUGGCUACAAUCUCCUGAAAAUACAGGGGUUGCCUUCAGAAAGCUGGUGGCUACUGCCAGUCGGGAUCUGCUUUGCAGAACAGAAUGUGAAUUAUUUAAUUAAAAAUGAAAACACGCAACAAGCAGAA